CUGGACUCCGGCAGGCUCGGCUCAAGAGACUCCUUCCUUCCAGCGCGGUUGCUGAGGACCUGGCGGUGCUGGGAGUUUUAACUGAUCUAGCCAGCUGGCAACCAUGAAUGAAUGGAUGAAGAAAGGCCCCUUAGAAUGGCAAGAUUACACUUACAAAGAAGUCAGAGUGACAGCCAGUGAGAAGGAGUAUAAAGGAUGGGUUUUAACCAUAGACCCAGUCUCUACCAAUAUUGUCCUUGUGAACUUCCUUGAAGAUGGCAGCAUGUCUGUGACCGGAAUUAUGGGACAUGCUGUGCAGACUAUUGAAAUUGUGAAUGAAGGGGACCAUAGCGUGAGAGAGAAGCUGAUGCAUUUGUUCAUGUCUGGAGACUGUAAGGCGUACAGCCCUGAGGAUCUGGAAAAGAGGAAGAACAGCCUGAAGAAAUGGCUGGAGAAGAACCACAUCCCAAUCACUGAAGAGGGAGAUUCACGAAGGACUCUCUGUGUGGCUGGGGUCUUGACUAUAGACCCACCAUAUGGUCCAGAAAAUUGCAACAGUUCUAAUGAAAUUAUUUUGUCCCGUGUUCAGGAUCUUAUUCAAGGACACCUUGCAGCUUCCCAAUGAGAGGCCAAGAACUAUGGAUGCACUGAUUGAAAUAAGACUUCAGUUUUUGAAAAUUCUUUGUUGUUUUUGGUAAAAUCAAAGAUGGGGAUUAUCAGUGUUAAUAAGUGAACUGGGCAAGGAUGACAUCACAAACAAAUAAAAUUAACAUAGGGACAUCAGAAUUAUAAGAGCCUUUCCUUUUGAUGAGGAUACACCUCCACUUCUGUCAGGCAAGAAAUGUAUGUGAAAAAGAUGCAACAUGUUAGAUUCAAUAUAAAAUGCUAAGGUAAAAU